GGACGAGUUGUUUUUUUUUUCGCGAAAACGUUGUAAUUGCUGCAAAAACUAGUGAAAAUGGCCGCCGUCUGUUUCGGUUGUAAGGAAGAGAUUAAAGAUAAGAUGCUGGAGGCACUGGACAAGAGCUGGCAUCCGGAGCACUUUGCGUGCAAGGAGUGCAAGAAACGCAUCGCCGAAAAUAAAUUCCACGAAAGCGAAGGUCUACCGGUGUGCUCCAAGUGCUUCGACGCGAAGAUACAGGCGAUCUGUGCCGCGUGCCGCAAACUCGUCACCGAGAAAGUAGUAAAGGCGAUGGGCAAGACGUGGCAUCUGGAGCACUUUAUCUGCGGUGGACCCUGCAAGCAGCAGCUGUCCGGCAAGACGUUCUUCGAGCGCAACGGCAAACCGUACUGUACCGCCGACUACGAACGCCUGUACGCGCCCAAGUGUGGCGGCUGCAAGAAACCGAUCGCCGAGAAAGCGUUGUCCGCGCUGGAAAGCAAAUGGCACAAGGAGUGUUUCAAGUGCAAGCUCUGCAAGGAACCGAUUGGAGUGGAUGCCAAAUUCCGGGCCGACAAGGAAAAGCAACCGAUCUGCGAGAAGUGUGGCGUAUAAGGGA